UUCCCAAAUUCUCACAUUUCAUUCAAACAUUCCCUCCCCUACACCCCCGGCGCAAUGGAGCUUCACCUCGUCGACCCAGCUAACCUGCGCCUCUUCUCCUCCAUUCAUCAUCCCAGAACCCCAAAAUUCUCCACCAUUAAAUCAUCAAAGAAAGACUCAAUAACCACCUCAAAGGGCCUUCAGAAGAGUUCCCAGAAGGAACUCUCAAGAAUUCUCAGGAGUGAGGCGGCUACAAAAAACAUAGUGAAGAAAGCAAAUUCUAAUAAAUAUAAUAAUCUCAAUCCAAAAGCUGUUUUGGAUGCCUUGGAUGAUGCCAUUAAAGGGAAUGAUUGGGAAUCUGCUCUUAAGAUUUUCAGCCUACUACGUAAGCAACGCUGGUACAUACCAAAAGGCCAGACAUAUACAAAAUUAUUGGUAAUGCUUGGCAAGUGUAAGCAGCCAAAUCAUGCUGGCUUGCUUUUUGAGAUAAUGGAGUCCGAUGGGCUUCAACCGACAAUUGAUGUUUACACUGCACUUGUGGGUGUCUACGGCUUUAGUGGCCUCCUUGACAAGGCGUUUCAUACUGUUGAUGAAAUGAAGUCGGUUUCUGAUUGCAAGCCUGAUGUGUAUACUUACUCAAUCCUUAUCAAAUGUUGUGCUAAACUUCGUCGAUUUGAUAUGAUUGGGAUAAUUUUAGCUGAGAUGUCAUAUUUAGGAAUUGAAUGUAACGCUACAAUAUACAAUACUGUAAUAGAUGGGUAUGGUAAGGCUGGGCUUUUUGAACAGAUGGAACACGCAUUGUCAGACAUGAUUGAAAGUGGCACAUGCCUUCCGGACAUAUAUACUUUCAACUCAGUUAUUGGGGCUUUUGGCAACUUUGGAGAGAUUGAUAAAGUAGAGAGUUGGUUUGAUCAAUUUCAGCUAAUGGGAAUAAAGCCAGAUAUUAUGACGUUUAAUAUACUUGUCAGAUCAUAUGGUAAAGCAAGCAUGUAUGAGAAAAUGGGUUCUGUUCUGGACUUUAUGAAGAAAAGGUUUUAUUCUCCUACAAUUGUUACUUUUAACAUUGUCAUUGAGACAUAUGGAAAGGCUGGAAAUGUUGAGAAAAUGGAAGAAUAUUUCCUGAAAAUGAAGCAUCAAGGAAUGAAACCUAAUUCAAUAACUUACUGCUCCCUGGUUAGCGCUUACAGUAAAUCUGGGCUUUUGGACAAAGUUGAUUCAAUUAUCAGGCAAGUAGACAAUACUGAUGUGAUAUUAGACACCCCAUUUUUCAACUGUGUCAUCAGUGCCUAUGGCCGGGCUGGGAAUAUAGAGAAAAUGGUUGAACUGUUUUCAGCAAUGGAGGACCAACAAUGCAAACCAGACAGCAUAACCUUUGCUUCUAUGAUCCAAGCUUAUCAAGAACAAGGAAUGAUUGAAGCUGCUCAAGAAUUGGAGCAUAAGAUGUUAAUGUGCAGUGGUAGUUCAGAAGUAAAACUGAUUGGAAGCUGGCGUCACUAAGUGGUUCAAGAGUUGAUAUUGAUAUAAAGUAUUCUGUCUGAGCUAGGAAAGGAAGAAUUUGGUGGCAGUCUCUCAUUUUAUUGAUUUGGGACUCAAUCCCCUGGUAGAAGCAAUGCC